AUGGAAGGCACUUUUCCAGCUGAAGUGAAUGACACUACUUUGCUUCUUAUUCCUAAGAAGGACAAUGUUGACGACCCCAAAGACCUCCGUCCAAUAGCGUUAUGUAAUGUUUUGUAUAAAAUUUUGGCGAAGGUGUUGGCAAAUAGGCUCCAAAAAAUGCUGCCAGAUAUCAUCUCUGAAGAACAAUCAGUGUUUGUUCCAGGGUGCAAUAUCACAGAUAAUGUUCUUGUGGCUUUCGAGAUCCUUCAUUACAUGAAACAGAAGAACAGUGGACACGAAGGGGAGGUUGCUUUAAAGCUCGAUAUCAGUAAAGCCUACGACCGUGUGAGUUGGAAUUAUUUGCGAAGUAGAAUGGUUGGUAUGGGUUUCUCUGAGAAGUGGAUCAAGUCAAAGAAAACAGUUUUUAGAUAUUUGAAGGACAAAGUGAUCCAGAAAAUUAAAGGGUGGAGCUCGAGGCUUUUGUCCCGUGCUGGAAAAAUGGUAAUGUUAAAGAAUGUAGUGCAAGCGAUCCCAGCAUACGCCAUGUCUUGUUUUCUCAUUCCUAAAUCACUGGGUCAAGAAAUCCAAAAGGCAAUGAAUGCAUUCUGGUGGCAAUCUAGCUGGACAAACAGUAAAAGAAUCCAUAGGCUUGGUUGGAAUAAAAUGUGCAUGUCGAAAAAUAGUGGAGGUCUGGGUUUCAGAGAUAUUCACGGGUUUAAUUUGGCUCUAUUGGGAAAGCAAUGUUGGAGUCUAAUAAACAGACCUGAUGCCCUGGUUACGCGAGUAUUGAAAGCCAGGUAUUUUCCUUCUUGUCACUUUCUUCAAGCAAGCAGGGCUGGUGGAGUGAGCUAUACUUGGUCUGGCAUUUGGCAGGCAAAAGAGGAAAUGAAAAAGGAGUUGAGAUGGGUUUUGGGGGACGGAAAAUCAAUCAACAUUGGCUCUGAUAAGUGGCUGAGAGCUAAAGCGAAUUUAUGUGUCGAUGACCUAACAACCACCAACCAAGCAAAGUGUUUAAAUGUUUGUGAUUUCUUUAAAGAGAACAGGAAGGAAUGUGAUGUAGACAAAGUGAAUCUUCACUUCAGCAAUGAGGAUGCUGCAACAAUCGUAAAUACCUGUAUUCCACAAGGGUGUACUAGAGACAGGAUUGCUUGGAUUCAUUCUAGUAAUGGAUAUUUCGCUAAAGAGUGCUUACAUCUGAUGGGUUUGGAGUAUGAUAUGAGCGAAGUGGAAUAUGUCUCAACUUGGAUGCUUAAUAUUCUGGCUAGUGGCUCACCUGAUGAAAUAACAAAGUUGUCGACUGCUCUCUGGGGCAUAUGGUUUGCUAGAAACAAACUUAUAUUUGAGAAUAAACACAUGCCUCCAGCAGUGACUAAAACUUGGAGCCAGAAACAGGUGGAGGAAUGGCAAGUAGCAAACAGGAGACCCUCGAGUGCUCAUGCAGAUAGGGGGACCAGCCGAGGAAUUGCUCACAGAUGGAGGCCUCCAGAUAUGGAUCAGUUCAAAGUUAAUGUUGAUGCUUCAGUGGUGGAAGGACGAAAUUCAUUUGCACUUGGCAUGAUUCUUCGAAAUCAUCAUGGGCAGUUCAUUGUAGGGAAGACAAUGAAAAUUGCAGGGUCUGUCUCCGUGAUGGAAGCUGAGCUCACAGGAAUUUUGGAAGCUUUGUUAUGGUCCCAGGAGAUUACGACGGGAAAGGUUCUGGUUGAAAGUGAUUCACUCUUGAGUGUCACUUCAAUAAAGCAGGGCCAAUGCAACCUGCUGGAAAUAGGUGAUCUAAUGCAGCAGUGUGGUGAUUUGUUGAGAUGCAAUGGUAGAUUUUCCCUUAGUCAUGUUAAAAAGCAUGCGAACAAGGUAGCUCAUAGUUUAGCUAGAUAUCCUUGUGAGCUAAAUGGCUUUAUGAUUUUUUCGUCUCCUCCAUCCUUAAUGUUGGAGACUCUAUUGUCAGAUGAUUUGAUCUAUUAA